CCCCCCGUGCCCCCCCAGAUCACGGUGACGGAGGAAAUGGCCGCCCCCCCCCGGGACUGGGACUCGGAGGGGGGAGGGGGCUUCUCCCUCUUCUACGACGGAUUCAGCGUGGACGGACACGGGGACUCGGACAGCAAGUCGGAGGGGGAGGGGCCGGGAGAGGCCCUGAGCGAGGAGGAGGAGGAGGAGGAAGAGGAGGAGGAAGAGGAGGAUGAGGAGGAGGAGGAGGAGGAAGAGGAGGAGGAGGAAGAGGACGAAGAGUCCGGGAACGCCUCGGAUCGGAGCGCGUCCAGCGCCCGGCGCAGGGUCCGGCGGCGUUGGAAGGAGAGCCCCUGGCUGAAACCCGCCAGGAAGAGGAAGAGGAAGGACCCCAGGGGCAAGGACAGAGGACCCCCCGGCCCCCCCAGUGAAUACACGGAGGUGCCCCUGGGCUGCCUGCAGCUGCCGGGGGGAGGGGCCCUGAGCCCCCAGACCCCAGGCCCGGCGGAGGCGGAGCGUUUCGAGGAGCUGCCGCUGUGCUCGUGUCGCAUGGAGGCACCAAAGGUGGAGAGGGGCAGCGACCGCGGGCUGUGCAUGGCCACCGAGAGCGUGGAUGGACAGCUGAGCGGCUGCGGCAGCAGCAUCCUGAAGCGCGAGACGAUGCGACCCUCGAGCCGCGUCCCGCUGAUGGUUCUGUGCGAGAGUCACCGCGCCCGCAUGGUCAAACACCACUGCUGCCCCGGCUGCGGGCACUUCUGCACCGCUGGCACAUUUCUCGAAUGCCACCCCGACGUGCGCAUCGGGCACCGUUUCCACCGUGGCUGCGUCUCCCGCCUGGGGGGUCUCAUCUUCUGUCCCCACUGCGGCGAGGACGCGUCCGAGGCUCAGGAGGUGACGCUGCCCCGGCCCGAGGGGACCCCCCCGGCCCCCCCCCAGCCCCCCCGGCCCCGCGGGGCGCGGCCCCCGGCCCCCGCACCCAGUGCCCGGAUGCGGGGGCAGGGCGAGGGUCGCGCCCCCCCCCCGGACCCCCGGGCUGAGCCCAUCGACAGCUCGGGGGGGCCGGAGCUGCCGCUGCCCUCGGGGGGGGCCCUGAGCGCCCGGGGGCUCCCCCCAGGCCCCGCCCGCGAGAGCCUGGAGAAGGCACUGCUGGGGCAGGAGGCCGAGAGGAGGAAGAAGCUCCGUUUCCACCCCCGGCAGCUUUACCUGAGCGUCAAACAGGGGGAGCUGGGCAGGGUCAUCCUCAUGCUGCUGGACAACCUGGACCCGAAUUUCCAGAGCGACGCCCAGAGCAAGCGCUCGGCGCUGCACGCGGCCGCGCAGAAAGGACACCUGGAGAUCUGUCACCUGCUGCUCCAGGCCGGAGCCAACAUCAACGCGGUGGACAAGCAGCGCCGGACGCCGCUGAUGGAGGCCGUGGCCCACGAUCAGCUGGAGGCGGCGCGGUACCUGCUGCGCCGGGGGGGCUGCGUCUACAGCAAGGAGGAGGACGGCUCCACCUGCCUGCACCACGCGGCCAAGAACGGGAACCUGGAGAUGGUGGAGCUGCUGCUGGGGACCGGACAGGUGGACGUCAACGCCCAGGACAACGGCGGCUGGACCCCGAUCAUUUGGGCGGCCGAGCACAAACACAUCGAGGUCAUUCGGAGACUCCUGACCCGAGGGGCCGACGUCACCCUGACCGACAACGAGGAGAACAUCUGCCUGCACUGGGCGUCGUUCACGGGCAGCGCCGAGAUCGCCGAGGUUCUGCUGAACGCUCAGUGCGACCUGCACGCGGUCAACUUCCACGGGGACACGCCCCUGCACAUCGCUGCCAGGGAGAGCUACCAUGAUUGUGUCAGCCUGUUCCUGUCCCGGGGGGCCGAUCCCGAGGUUCGGAACAAGGAGGGCGAUUCCCCCCUGGAUCUGACCCCGGAGCGCUCCGAGGUCUGGGUGGCUCUGCAGCUCAACCGGAAACUGCGGCUGGGGGCGGCCGGGCGCGCCCUGCACACCGAGCGCAUCGUCAGCAGGGACGUCGCCCGUGGCCACGAGAACGUUCCCAUCCCGUGCGUGAACGGCGUGGACGAGGAGCCGUGUCCGCAGGAUUACAAAUACAUCGCGGAGAACUGCGAGACCUCCACCAUGAACAUCGACCACAACAUCACCCACCUCCAGCACUGCACCUGCCAGGACGAUUGUUCCUCCUCCAACUGCCUGUGCGGGCAGCUGAGCAUCCGCUGCUGGUACGACAAGGACGGGCGGCUGCUGCAGGAGUUCAAUAAAAUCGAGCCCCCCCUGAUUUUCGAGUGUAACCAGGCCUGCACCUGCUGGAGGAGCUGCAAGAACCGCGUGGUGCAGAGCGGCAUCAAGGUCCGGCUGCAGCUUUACCGCACGGCCAAGAUGGGCUGGGGCGUCCGGGCGCUGCAGGCGAUUCCCCCCGGGACCUUCAUCUGCGAGUACGUGGGGGAGCUGAUUUCGGAUGCUGAGGCCGAUGUGAGGGAGGACGAUUCUUACCUGUUCGACCUGGACAACAAGGACGGCGAGGUGUACUGCAUCGACGCCCGUUACUACGGCAACGUCAGUCGCUUCAUCAACCACCUGUGCGACCCCAACAUCAUCCCCGUCAGGGUGUUCAUGUUACACCAGGACCUGCGCUUCCCGCGCAUCGCCUUCUUCAGCAGCCGCCACAUCCGGCCCGGGGAGGAGCUGGGGUUCGAUUACGGGGAUCGUUUCUGGGACAUCAAGAGCAAAUACUUCCCGUGCCAGUGCGGCUCCGAGAAAUGCAAACACUCGGCCGAGGCGGGCGGGGGGCGCGGGGACCCCCAGGAGCUGCUGCCCCCGCUGCUGGCCCUGCCCCCGCCCUGAAAAACAGCUGGAA